ACCAAAUAGGAAAAUAAAAUAAAAUAUCCGUAUGUGUUAGUAAACUGCGUCGUUUAGAAGAGAACCGGAAGGUUUAUCAUCUUGCCGUUUGAUAUUGGUCGAAUCGAAAUCGAACACGGUGUCUGUCGACAUAAAUCGACCGAUGUUUCUUUCAGCGCCGGUGAAGGCACCGGAAGCUCUUCCAGGUUCGCCGUCGAUUUCUAGCCGAGAUAGCUUCUUCUUUUGCCGGCCCUUUCCAUCCUAUUCUAGUCUUCUGCGUCUUCCUCCGGUUCGUCACACUCUAUCGCUUACAUUUGCUCGCCGUCGGAACCAAAAUUCAUCAGUCAGUUCGUCUUCAUCGUCUUCGAAGAAGAAGAAGAGAAAUUUGAUUCCGAAAGAAGCUAGGGACGAGGAGGAGGAGGUAGAGGAGGAUGCUCUUGAGUUGUUGUUUAGGCAAUUGGAAGAAGAUCUCAAAAAUGACGCGCCUUCCAUGGAUGUCGGUGAAGAGGAUGAGUUUAGCGAAGAGGACCUUGCCAGACUAGAGCGCGAGCUAGGGUUAGCACUUGGAAUCGAUGUUGAUGAUGAAGAAGAAGAAGCAGGAGAAGAAGAAGAAGAAGAAGAAGAAGAAGAAGAAGAAGAAGAAGAAGAAGAAGAAGUUUUCGAGGAUACUGAAGAAGAGGAAAUGCCUGUAAAACUUAAGAACUGGCAACUUCGACGACUAGCCUCGGCUUUGAAGAAAGGCCGCCGUAAAACUAGCAUCAAGAGUCUUGCUGCUGAGCUUUGUCUUGAUAGGGCCGUUGUUCUCAAUUUGCUUCGUGAACCACCACCUAGUCUUCUAAUGUUGAGUGCUACUCUUCCAGACACUCCUAAACCAACAAUUCUAGAAACUAAGACAUUACAAACUACUGAUGAAGAACCCAUAGUAGUGGACACUGCAGAAGAGACGGAAGGGGUGAAGGUGCCUGUUCAUGUCAUGCAACAGAGCUGGGCUGCUCAAAAGAGACUGAAGAAGGUUCAGAUUGAAACUCUUGAAAGAGUUUAUCGAAGAACAAAGCGGCCCACUAACGCGAUGAUUAGUAGCCUCAUCCAAGUGACGAAUCUGCCUCGCAAAAGAAUAGUGAAAUGGUUUGAAGAUAAGCGAGUCGAAGAUGGGGUUCCUGAUCAACGCAUGCCUUAUGAUCGGUCUGCUCCUAAAUCUGUUUGAACUUCUUCAUCUAUCAAACGCCUUAACGUUCAGUCGGGAGCCAUCCGAGUUCUUAUCAGUGUAGUCGAGAGUACUAGCGGAGAGGAUCUCACUGGCACUACUCUUGUUGUUCUUGGUCUCUUUCUUGAUUUGAGGAGGGGUUGAGAGCUUUGAUAAAAACCGAUCAGAUUGUAAUCUCAAUGUUUAAUGAGGUGUAUGCUCAGUAAAGAAGGUGAGAUCGAGAUCCUUUUGCGAUUGUUCGAUGAAAGCGAAGGUUGUCUGAGAGACGCUUUGAGGUUGCCUGCUAAUCUUUCUUUAAGGGGGAUUAGCAAAAGUCAAAAAGAGAGCUAGUUUACUCAUGAAUAAGGUUAUGAAUAGUGACUUUGGUACAUAUUCAAAUGUUGAUUCAGUGUAUUCACAAUUGUAGUGAAGUUAAUUAUGGUCUCCAAAUUGGUGUUUGCUUCUUGAGUUUGUGAAUUUAAUUGUAAUAACCCAUUCCUCUUGGAGAGGAAAUUGUUGGAGAACAAUAUCAUUUUAUGGAAAUGUUAUAAAUUUGCUUGACUU